CUUCCCCUCCACUUCCUUCCAAGGAACCGCCUCCAAUGGCUUGGAUAUGGAUUGCACUCACCUUCGCUUUACUUGCUCAUCUCUUGUUUCGAUCUUUGCUGUGGAAAACACAGACCAAGAAGAAGGAAUUGCCUCCUGGCCCAAGAGGGUUUCCGAUUCUUGGAAACCUCCCAUCGUUAGGAAAGAACCCUCACCAUGAUCUUCGCAAAUUAGCUCAAAAGUACGGACCCAUCAUGUACUUGCGUUUAGGGUUCAUGCCCACGAUCAUCGUCUCAUCGCCCGAAGCAGCGGAGCUAGUCCUCAAGACCCAUGAUCUUGUUUUCGCAAGCCGACCGCCACAAGAAGCCAUGAAGCACAUGCUCUACGAACAAAGGAACUUGUCCUUUUCACCCUAUGAUCCGUACUGGAGGAACGUGCGAAAGAUGUGCACUUUGGAGCUUCUUAGCAACGCCAAGGUCAAAUCCUUCGAGUGCAUCCGAAGGGAAGAGGUCGGCUUGUUGGUGCGUUUCCUCAGAGACGCAUCUCUUGACCGGGCCACUAUCAAUCUGAGUGGAAAGAUCUCAUCGCUGAGCACCGACAUGAAUUGUCGAAUGAUUUUCGGGAAGAAAUACCUGGAUGAGGAGUUCGACAAGAGAGGGUUCAAGGCUUGGAUUCAAGAAGGGAUGAUAUUGACCGCGACGCCUAACAUUGGAGACUAUAUUCCAUGCUUUGCUCCGCUUGAUCUUCAAGGGUUGACCCGGCGCAUGAAAGCUGUGAGCAAAGUGUUUGAUACCUUCUUGGAGAAGAUCAUUGAUGAGCACUUGGAGUACGGGAAAGAGCAACGGCAGAGCAAAGACUUUGUUGACGUCAUGCUGGGUUUCAUGGGAUCUAAUGAAGGCGAGUACCAUAUGGACAGGCCCCAUAUCAAAGCCAUAAUGCUGGACAUGAUGGGGGCCUCCAUAGACACUUCGGCUACAGUAAUAGAGUGGGCAAUUUCCGAGCUCAUAAGACAUCCACAAGUGAUGAAGAAACUUCAGCAUGAACUAAAGAAAGUUGUGGGCAUGAACAGAAUCGUGGAGGAAUCAGACAUAGAGAGCUUGGACUACCUAGACAUGGUCGUUAAAGAGACCCUCCGGCUACAUCCGCCCGUCCCGUUACUUCUUCCACACAAGUCAAUCGAGGACUGCACGGUCGGUGGCUUCCACAUCCCGCGCAAGUCAAGGGUCAUUGUGAAUGCAUGGGCAAUCGGAAGAGAUCCACACGUUUGGAGCGACCCCGAAAAGUUCAUCCCAGAGAGGUUUGAAGGGACAAGCAUUGAUGUUCGGGGACAUGACUUUCAACUUGUGCCAUUUGGGUCUGGUCGUAGAGGAUGUCCCGGGAUGCAACUAGGUCUAAUUGUGAUCCGGCUGGUGUUGGCGCAACUUGCACAUUGCUUUGAUUGGGAGCUUCCAGACAAUAUGUCACCGUCCGAACUCGACAUGAGUGAAGAGUUCGGUCUUACGCUCCCUCGAGCCAAACAUCUAGUGGCCAUACCUUCGUUUCGCCUAAAAACUGAUGAUUAGGGACCAUUCCCAAUCAACCUAUCUUAUGAGCAGGUAAAGAAAGAAUUUAAGCGGAUUGUGCCAAUAAGAGAUUAUAUGAACUUGUCGUUCUUGUAUGGUUCACUUUUUCAUAUUCACUAGAUUAGUUUACAACAUUCUAUAUGAAAGGCCUAAGAUGCCCUUAAAUUAUGGUGAUCUGGAAAUUUAGUUGAUCCUUAAAUUAUUAUGUAUUUGCACUGCAUAAAGGCAAUAUAUAUAUGCAAUUAUGAUCGUA